AGCCACAGAUCGCAUGUUACUACGUGUUAUAACGUGUCAGUAGAACAGAUUAUGUAGGCUGUACUCAUACAUAUCGCAGUGUAUGGUAUGUGUACCUUUGAGAUAAUGCGUUUUAUUACCACUUGAGUGGGUAAACGUAGUUUAGUUUAAACUGAAACCAAGAAGUACUUUUCACACACUGAGUGAAUGGCAGCUAGAAACAUGUCGGACUGACAGUCAGCUUAUGUACAGAAGAUUUAAGUGCUCGUUUUGACUCAGCGAUGGAUACUGUGGAACAAAAUCAAGAAGUCAAGAAGUUAGAAACGACAAACGAGUGUUUUGAAAAGACGUUUUCUGUUCUGACUGUGGACGAUGUUUACAACAUUGCCAAGCUUAUCGGCUCUGAAGUAGAAAAGCUGAUAGACGGUUAUGGAAAAGCUAGUGUGGAGAGUCUGGUGCCCAAAAUUGUGAAAGUCCUGGAGCUGCUGGAGAGCUUUGCUGCUAGAAAUCACACCCAAAAAUCUAAAGAAGAGGAUCUGCUCAGGGCUUUUGAAACACUACAGCUACAGCAACAGAAAAUACGAAGUGCGAAGGACGACGAGGGCAACAACAACACCGACAUUCGGGACUGGCAACAGAAAGAGCAAAAAUGGAGGCUGAAAGUAGAGACACUGCAGACUGAGGUGCGGAAGCUGCAGGAUGAGAAUCAGGAGCUUCUGGGUCGCCUGCAGAGCUCAAUCUCUAAAGAAGACCGUACGCAGCGUCAGGAGAGAGAGGUGAUGCUCAAACUUAAAGAGGUGGUGGACAAACAGCGUGACGAAAUCAGAGCUAAAGUACUAGAGACAUCCCAAAUGUCCAAAGAGGUGGAAGCGCUUCAGGAGCAGCUGGAUCGCUUUAUGAAGAUGAAUGGUGAGUUAAGGAAUAAACAGAGCAUGUUGCAGGCUCAACUAAAGAGCACGGUGGAGAGAAGAGCAGAUCUGGAGGCCGACCUGUGUGAGAAACAGAAAGAAAUAGAACAACUCACAAAACAGCUGGAGCAGUCCAGCCCUAACUCAGCUGCUAGCACGAACAGUCCAGCCAUUGACCUCACUGAUAAGAUGAUCAUUGACCUGAAAGACCCAAAUCGUCCCUGUUUUACCAAGCAGGAGGUGCGAGACAUGCUGUAUGAAAGGAAUGAACUUAAGGCCAAUUUAUUCCUGGUGCAGGAAGAGUUGGCUUACUAUCAGAGGGAGAUCCUGAAUGAUGAAAGAUGCCCAGGCUUUUUACUGGAAGCAGUACGUGCUGCUAUAAGGAAACAGAGGACAGUCAUUAAAGCCAAAAUGCUCGGCAUUCCAGAGGAUGAAUGCAGCAGCGAUGAAGAGAAGGGUCCUUUGUUCGAGCAAUCGACUGAGGAAAAUAACUCAGACUGCACUGACAGUAAACCUCCAGAAUCCCGCAUCAGAUAUUUAUUCGGUUUCCUGAGCCGUGGGGGCAGUGCUAAGAGUCCGAGUCAACAGGCCUGCAGUUCUACAUGGGAAAUCAUCAAUCCUGGUGAGCACGAACCACUGGAGUAAUCUGGGCUGAGAAAUUCUCCCUGAGAACUGGAAGUAACCAUCUCGUCUUCCCCAUUCAUCACAUUCAAAGAACUUGAACAUGUCCUGGAAGAUGCAUGCUUUCAUUUUUGCUUAAUCAGAAGCGCUUCAGAAGGAAACCCAAAAUGUACAGCCUGGAGCAUUUACAGGUUAUUAUUCGAACAGCACAUUGUUUUUGGCUACCCAUCAAACAAGGGAGGUAUAUACAUUUAGGGAUAAAAAGCCCAAAAUGUAAAAAUAUGCAAAUGUUCUAGCACAUGACAAAAGCAAUGAGGAUGUUGUGGUUUUCAGUGUAAAACAUACAGGAUGUUCUGGUGGCGCAGCAGUCUAUAAGCUAGUCCAUCACCAUGGAGCUUCCAAUCUUCGAGGUUGCAGCCCCAUCCAAUGCUACUGUAAACACAGUUGGCUGGGUCUGAGGGAGGGAACAUUGGAUAAGGUUUCCAUUUAUUGCAACUGCAGUAGGGACUUCUGGUGUCUGGUGAAGUUGCCAGCAUGAGGUGUGGACUUCUGCCACUGGUCAAUGUGCAGAUGCGGCUGAUGGCUUUACAUGUGUGCAUGGAUGUUAAGUUUAUCUAAUGUGGGCUGCAUAAAUGCCUCAAAUGCCUUUUCUAUGCACUUAUUCCAAUUUCGCACAGAAGCAGAUUUAAACUUCGCCCAUACCCGUUAACUUGCCCAAUCAUUGGGAGUUUCAACUUAAAACUGGGAAUCUUUCAGUGGAACCUUCUUCCCUUGCUAUAAGAUCUAUGUACUAUGUUUGACCAUGUGCUUUGAUUUUAGUUUCAAGUCAUAUAAGAUAUUAAAAAACCCAGAUAAUCUUUUUUUUUCCAUUUCCCAUCUACAGUAUAUCCCAAUGUAGGUAUUUCCAUAUAGCAGUUCCUCUGCUGCCUGCACACCCUUGUGCUGGUUGAGAAGUGCUUCUCAUAGAGAGCCAUACCAUGUACAAAGAGUCACGCUAUACUUUAUGUGAAGCCCCCAUUUGUGCAUUUCUACCAGGCUUAGUAGCUGCAUUUUUGCAGCUGCAAAAAAGAGGUACCCCAUCCUACCUACCCUCCUUCAGACACAGACAGUUAUGCCUGUUGGACACUCCCAGUGGUGUUGGGCUAGAGUAUUAGCUGCAACAUCAGAGCACCUCAUAAUACAAUUACUUUUUUAUUUGAAGAAGUUGUGAUUACAAAAGUAUUCUAUAGAUUGUAUUCAAAAUUUAAACUUUUAAGAAGGGUUUUUUAUUGUGUGACCCCUUUCAUGUGGUGCAAAUUAUUUGGAGACUUGUGUGUUUGUUAAGGAAUUCUAUCUCUGUAGGUUACAAGGUGAACUCCAGCAGCAUUUUUGUCUGCAACCAUAUUAUCAUAGGAUGUCAUUUACCAAGAGAUUUUAUCAUGUUUUGACUUGUUAGCAGUACAAAUAAUGGUGGCAUAAGGGCAUUUGGUGGAGUAUGUAUCAUGUAACAAGCAGAGGAAUGUAAACAAGGCAGCCUGGCUAUAUGUUUUUAGAUGGUGUUUUUAUACACUUGAACCUUAAGUAUAUUUUACUAUUUACAAUUUUCUUAAAUUAUUGAAGAAUUGUUUUAUGUGCAUUUAGGCACACAACAAUUAGCACUUACCUUUCCAGCUGCCUAAAUUAAAAUACUAAAUAGCUAGUCACUCGACCAUUAACUUGUUGGACAUCCCAUUCCAAAACUAUAUUCAUUAAUAUGGAGUCCCCCUUACCCCCUUUGUUGCCGUACUCUUUUUUUCCCCACAAGAGUGUCUGUAGGAAUUUGUAUCUUUCAGUUAAAGUAACAUUAGUGAAGUCACCCAAUGUUGUUGAAAUCAGAGUACCUGGAGGAAACCCACUGACACGUGCUCAUACACAGUUACCAGAGGUGAAUUUUAACACAUUACCAUACCCCCGGCAUCCUAAUUUACCAAACUGUUUUGUAGGAUUUGCAUUUCUAUUUGCUUUGGGAAGCUGCAUUUUGCUUCAGUCACAACCUUGAGCUCUAUUUUUUAUAAAAUGUUGGACUGGUACUUACACACAAUCACCUUUGUUAUGAGAAUAUGUCUGGUUUGUGACAUAACGAGGGCAUUUAAAAUUCUAUAUAUGAAACUGAAAUUGUUCCAGCAUUUGUCUGUGGACUAAACCUAGUGUAUUAGAAAACUGAUGUUGUGUUUUUGUAAAAAAAUAUAUAUUUUAGUAUUAAUUUUAAAGCUCAGUAUGCCAGCAUGCAUUGUUUUAACGCUCAGGAUAAUCACACUGAGGCAUGUUUCUGCCACUAGAGGGCGGUACAGUGUUACAGUGGUUAGUAUUUUGUCCAUUUGUUUAGUCGUUUUAUUAGGUUAAUAACAGUUUGUUUUAGCAUGCCUUGUAAGUCUGACACAUUUUAAAAAACCUUAAUUUUGUAAAGUUUAUUUUUGUAUAUAGUGUAAUCAUAACACUAUGAAAAAAAGCGUUGCUAAUUCAACAUGAAACUGUAAAUGCUUAAGUGCUAAAUUUUCGAUAGGAAACAAUCCUUUAUACGACUACGACUUUCAUGUGAAAUGCGAUUCUUCUGAAAAUGUUAAUAAUUUUUUUACCACAUUUACCAGAUUUUGAAGUUCAAUGAUAAAAAUAAGCAUGACUUCUCUCUGAAUGUGUUUUCAAAAAUAAUGGCAUGGUAGCUAUGUACCUCUGCCCUGUCUACUGUACUUCAACCUACUGCAGCACUUACUGUUUGUUCUGAGUAAAAGCAAUAAAGUUAAAAUGUAUUUUUAUACAUACAAUAUGAAUUUAAGCUUAAAUUAAAGCCAUCUUUGUGAAA